ACAUCAGAAAAAAAUCAUGUAACUACUUUUCUCGACUGUUUAACUCCAAAUGAAAGCGGUCGAUUUGAAAAACUGGCAGAUGAUUUAGACGGAAGAAGACAGGUAGGGAGGAAAGGUAUUUGAGAACAGGAAGGAGGUUGACGUGAUUUCCGCAGGUUUAGACCGGGGAAAGUUGUUUCCUGAAGUUGUCUGAGCGGAUCACUUCCACGCGAAAGUCCCUGCUGCUUGAACGAAUGAAAUAAAAAAAAGGAGGAAAACACCAAAAUGGCGUGUGCAGGUCUCUCGUUCUGCUGGUGAUGAGGUAUUUUAUUUCUCGUCUGCGGGUGUAGCUGUUCGUGUGACUGGAAGAUGAGCUCCAACACUGAAGACGCAACAGAGGCAAACUUACAGGCCCAGCUAGCCGAGUAUCGAGCUCAGGCUGAACACUGGCAGGGAGUGGCGACGAUCUGUGAGCUGAGCAAACAGGAGGAACUGGCAGAGCUGCAAAAACAAUGUGAUCAAGAGAUCCAGUCGCUGCAGGAGGCUCUCAGAGAGACAGCAGCUCAGUAUGAGGCCAGGAUAGCUCUUCUCCAGUCUCAGUCUCUGGAGUUGAGGAGAGUUGGGGGACAAAACCUGAUCCGUGUAAGGAAAGGCAGGACGGACUCUGACGUCUCCGGGCACGAAUCCUCAACACUGAACAGCAACAGUCUGACAGAGGCUGAGGUGGCGGCUUCGACUAGCAGGAGGCACAGCCAUUCAGCAGAGCUUGAAGCUGCGGCAGAGGGAGAAGGGGCUACGCACACAACAGAGGGAUAUUUUUCACUGCGUCACUGCGACUCUGCCUCGCUGUCCUCCUUCUCCUUAGACACACCCUCCCUGCCCAGAAAACGCCACUCUCAGGAAGACACAGACUCACUGGUAUCUACAGGAACUUUGGUUCCUGAAGCCAUUUACCUGCCACCGGCUGGACACCGGCUAGUCACACACAGUGACUGGGAUGCUCUUAAUGCUCAGGUGUCGGAGCUGCGAGGGGAAGUGAGUCGGUUGCAGGAUGAAAAGGAGGAGCUAGAGAGAGUACUGGAUGCACAGACCAACCACACACAGAGACAGGUAACAAUGCUCCAGUGUCAGGUGCAGAGCUCAGAGGCCCUCCUCCAGGAUUUGCAGAAAUCAUUAAGCCAAUCACAGAAUGACGUCCAGAGUCACCUGGCUGAGUUCUCUUUUUCUCAGAGGAAGAUGUGCAAUGAGCUGUCCAGACUGAGAGGGGAGAAGGUUGAGGACAUACCAGACUCCAGCGCUGCAUUCACAGCAACACUGCAGACUCACCUGCAGGGGGCGCACUGUGAGGAGCGCCUUCGCAUUGAGAUCGUGAACCUGAGGGAGCAGCUGGACAAUCGUGCAGACGAAAACGAGGUUUUAGAGGUGCAGCUGUCCAGUCUGAAGACGGAGACAGAGAAGGUCCAGGCUCAGAAGGACCAAUUGCAGGCUGAACUGGCGGCUUGUCGCGCAGAGCUGGAAGCUCUACGGGUGGCGCUCUCUCAUGUACACAGCACUAACAAGGCUCUCAGCAAAGAUAAAGCGGCGCUGCAUCAACAGUGUCUGGAGCUGCGGAGUCAAGUGAUCAGCAUGCGUUCCCAGGUCGACACCAGUCAGACAGUGCAGAGGGACUUUGUGCAGCUCUCCCAGUCGUUGCAGGUGAAGCUGGAGCUGAUACGGCAGGCUGAGACUCUGGAUCAAGUGAAGGAAAUCCUGGAGGAGGGAAUCACUGAUGCUGGUUCUUCACCUGCAGACGACUUGUAAGUUUUAAAAAGUCACACUGGAACCAAAGAAUCGUGGACCAAGAUGAAAUAUCCCAAAGUGACCAAUAAUGACUGACUGACCACAGUCAUGUUUAAAAAAAAAAAUAGACAGUUAUGAAGAGUGAGAACCCGAGUCACCACAGAGUAUUAUAACACUAGAAUUACUGUGCAAACAGCAAGUGUAGAAGUGAUGAUUUUGUUUGUUUGUUUCAGAGACAAUUGUUUUGUGUCACUAACUGAAACUGUUGCUUCUUGACCAAAGUGACGUUUUAGGAAUCUAGAAACCAUUUUUCUAUCAUCCAGAAACACAUGUAAAUAUAUUCUGUUUAUAAAAUUGACAUGACUUCAGCAAAACACUCAACAGUUUUAACACUUACUCAUUUUCUUCACAUGCGGUCUUUUUUUUGUCGCAUCUUUUUGUGAAGAGAUGAUCGUCUUAAGCACUGGAUCAUCUUCUGAACAUUCCUAAAUUAACUGGAUUUCAGAUAUAAUGCCUCUUGUAUUUAUUCGUUUUUCCCUUUCAAGUGUAGUUUUGUCAAAUACUGUAUUUCUGUUCUCCAUAAUUUCAUACAUUCUAACAAAUUAAUAAUUGUGCAUCAGGAAAGAAGUACCAAUUGAUUCAAGGAAAUGUGAAUUUGCAUCACCUUGCUAAUUUUCAUUUAAUACACCCUGACAACUGAAAGUGGGUUUUCAUGUCUUUGAAUUCACAAUCAAACAAUUAGUAUGAUUAUGUUCCUCUGGCUAUGGAGAUUCUCUAAGACUAAUGUGCAUAUUUGUUACAUGCAUAGACCGUGUAUGAAAAUGGACAUAGUUUUCCACUCGCAAAAUAAAUAAAUGUGAAGCCUCAAGAUUCACAAUUUAACCAG